GACAAAAAUUGGGUAUAUGAACAAGAUGAAACCCAAUAUACUAAGGUACCAACACCAAGACCAAGCUUACCAAAACAAACAUCAGUAGAAGAAAAUAAUGAUCUAUAUGUUCCAAUAGAACAAGAAAGAAAUCAAAGAUAUAAAAGAAAUAGAUCACAAACAUCUAAUCUAACACAUUUGUCACAAAAUUUCAAAAUUAAAGAUUUUCGAAGGGAAAGAAAUCUGAGACAAAGAAUGAUACAAGAAACUAAAAAUUACCAAUUAACAUUUGAUGAGGAACGAGAAUAUGAUGAAGUGGAAGAAGCAAUAAAUCAAGAAUUACAAAACCAACAAAGACAAGAAGAACUAUAUGAUAAAAAUAAUCAAUAUAAAAGUGGACCAUCUAAUAGCAACUACAGGGGAUACGAUG